GUGGUUACUACGUAUUCAAUCCAGGUCAUUAAUAGGAAUUAUGAAGAGGGGUGGUCCAAGCAUAAAGCCGUGCGGAACCUCGGAAGUAACGAAAAUAGUGACAGAGAGUUUACCCUUCUGAAACUUGCCUUGAUUAUGUUUACCUUGAAACUUGCUACUGUUGUCUGUUACAUAGGACUCAAAUUACGAUCAAACAUAAAUAAAAUUUGCGAUAAAUCAAACAAAUGCCGUUCAAGAACGAUAUUUUGAUCACUCUUGAGCGGGCACAGCUUACACACAGCGGUAAAUCCCAGUACGCGCGCUAUUACGUAAAUCAUGAUGAAACAUUCUAUCAUGAUAACGUAACAAAGGUUGCUAAGGUUUCCCGCCAGAUUUUCUACAGACCCCGAACUGAUCGGUCGACAUUUUUUCGCUCUUCAAUUUUCCUAAAAAAUGUCUCACAGGAACCCAGUUUACCGGGGCGGCUCGAUGAAGAAUUUAUCCAGCAAAGACAAAGAUAUCAUCCUUCGGCAAAAGACCGAAGAACUUGAUGUUGCAAUGCAAGAGAUGAAAAGCCUAGAGAAGCUGGUCAAAACUCAAAAGGAGGAAAACCACGACAAGAAGCAAAGAAUUGAGGAAGUAAACAAGUCUAUUUCUGAGAACAGAAAACUUAUGGAGGAACUAUUAAAAGAACAGGAGGAGCGAGACAAGCUAAUGGAGGACAGGGAGAACUGGAUGUGCUCUUAUAUUGCUGGUCUUACCAUGUCAGAGCUGGUCAACAAGACUUUCAAAAUGUGCGAUACUUGCGAGGCAGAAAGUUCUAUUGAGGAUCUGCACUUACAGAAGAAGAAAAGAGAAAUAGAGCUGGUGGAGCAACAAGAAAUCCUCAACAACCUGAAGAAUACAGGAGAUGACCUAGACAGGGAAAUUGCCCUGCUGCAACGUGAAUUGGAAGAAGCAAAGGCAAAGCCAGCCACUGCUGAAAUUGCAUGUCAGGCAAAUGUAGAAAUGUCAGACACACAAGUCCAAACAACUUGUGCCUCAACAAACGAAUGUGAGACCCAGACAGAGGUCACAAACACCAUCAAAGUCACCCAAGAGACCCAGACCGACCCACUUCCAAAGAGGCGGGGUAACCCUGUGACCCGUGCCUGGCGGCGCUUGAGGGAGAGAGCGCGUGGUCUUCGAGACCGCCUCUUUCCUGGUGCUGCAGUUCCUGCCCUGUAAGGGGCCACUGGAGGUAGCUAGCACAGCUUAAAGGAUACCCCUACACAUCGAAACAUCUCAAGUAUGUAGGGGAUCAGGCUUACCAUGUGAUGAUCUUUCCACCUUGCUGUGCUAGCUACCAGGACUGGCACACCUUUGCCAGACUGGGUUGGCUGACUUUCCUAAUUGGAUUAUAAUUAUCUAUUGUAAGUCGAUUAUUAAUCUUAUCAAAUUAUUUAAUUAUUACUUAUUAUCUGGGCCUCUCCGGAUACAUACUAGUUUAUUGCUCCAAAUCUGAGAAUUGUUUGACCUUAUCAUGACCCAAAGAUUGAAGCUGACACCAUUAGGCAUAUUUCUGGUAUCAGCUUUGCAACAGAUAUCUGAUAUUUUUAGCUUUUUACCAUCAGAACAAUUUAUGCACUAGCACACCAAUAAUGCCAUGGCUAUUGGCUGUUAUACAUUCACAUGUUUUUACAUAUUUUUAUAAGUCUACCGUUUAGUUGAGACCCAUUCUGUGGUCACUAUGGCAUGUUGAGGGCCACACCCAGAGCACCUGUGCACCCCGUUCACCUAAGGGCGUCAUCUGCACAGGUGUUCCUGAUGAGUGGGGGUUGAGGCGGGAAAGGGUUCCGCGACACCAUGUUUUCAUGGGCCCCCAUGAUUUCGAGUUGGGUGUGGCCCCUACAGAUGUUGAACAUUGAAUUGCUUGUAGUGAGUGUAUUAAAGUCAAGCUGGUAUAUGUAAAUAGGAAAGAAAGAAUGUCAAAUAACAAUAACCAUAGCUAGUGUCAUGGUGUGCAUCCAAGAAUUGUAAAUAAAAAGAGUAAAUAGUAUACCGUAUUUGCAGUCGAACUACAGAAAUACACCAUAACUGUGAAUACAUAUUGAAUAAAAUGACUGCAUCAUUGUAACAAUA